CAGCAUCAUGAGUAGUUUGCACCAGCUGGCCACUGCUAAGCACACAGUCGUGUAGUUUAGAAGCAGAUUAGCCGGCGGUGCUUCUUCGAUUGCAUCUCGUAUUAUAAAUACGUGAGCUGAGGAGCGUAGUGCGGCUAUAGUUGAGUGGUCUCUAACGUUACCUCUCUCUAUAUGGCUCUGGUCUAUACGUGAUAGCACUCUAGCAAGAAAGCUAGCGAGUUAGCUUGCCAUGUAAACUAGAUAUUUAUUGUUGGGUUGGGUUAAGGUACCUCGAAAGUCAACAACCUACAACGUGUGAUGGAGCCUGCGGUGGAGAGAUGACGUGACCAAAGAUAGCCUUGAGCUGAGCUGUAACAGACCAGAGGGUGGAAGGUAAACAGAAAACGUUGCCUCCCGUUUAGCUGUAGUGAUGGAUACCUGGACGCCUAAUCCCCGAGCCAAACCUUUCAUCCCGCGGCACCAACGCAGCCUCUACCUCUCAUGGAAAUAUAAACUCUCCAACAAGAGAGCUAUACGACGAUUCUGUCAAGCUGGUGCAGUGCUAUUUUUAUUGGUGACGGUCAUCGUUAAUAUAAAACUCAUACUGGACACUAGAAGAGUAGCCAAUGAGGAAGAGUCUAUACAAGAGUACGAUGAUGUGCUGCCUAAUAUGGAGACCCCAAGAAGACCGUCCAGUGGCCGCAAGGUUCUUGAUAUUGAGGUGUACUCCAGCCGCUCAAAGGUCUAUGUGGCUGUGGAUGGAACCACUGUUCUUGAAGAUGAGAUGCGAGAGCAGGGCAGAGGCAUCCAUGUGAUCGUCCUUAACCAAGCCACGGGCCACGUCAUGGCCAAGCGGGUGUUUGACACGUACUCUCCUCAUGAGGAUGAAGCCAUGGUCCUCUUCCUUAACAUGGUGACGCGUGGCAGAGUGCUCAUUUUCACCAUUAAGGAUGAAGGAACGUUCCACCUGAAGGAGUCGGCGAAAAACCUGCUGAAAAGCCUGGGCAGCCAGGUGGGCAUUGGCCUCAGCUGGAGGGACAUGUGGACCCUGGUGGUCAAGAAAGGAGGUCAGGUGUAUGGAGAGAAGCACUCCAAAUCCCCAGCCCUCUCCACCUGGGGCGACCCAGUGCUGCUGAAGACUGAGGUGCAACUGACUGCAUCAGAAGAGGCUGAGUGCCACUGGGCAGACACGGAGCUGAACCGCAGGCGCAAGCUCUUCUGCAGUAAGGUGGAGGGCUACGGGAGCAUCUGCAGCUGCAAGGACCCGGCGCCCAUCGAGUUCAACCCUGAUCCAUUGCCUGUCAGUAAUGUCCACCAUGUCCCGGUGGCAGUGAUAGCAGGGAACAGGCCAAACUAUCUUUACAGGAUGCUGCGUUCACUGUUGUCUUCCCAUGGAGUCAACCCUCAGAUGAUCACGGUCUUCAUAGAUGGCUACUAUGAGGAGCCUAUGGAUGUGGUGGAGCUCUUUGGCCUGAAAGGGGUCCAGCACACGCCUAUUAGCAUCAAGAAUGCACGGGUGUCACAGCACUACAAGGCCAGCCUGACUGCUACUUUCAACCUGCACCCUGAUGCUGAAUUUGCCAUUGUGCUGGAAGAGGACCUGGACAUUUCGAUAGAUUUUUUCAGCUUCCUCAGCCAGACCAUUCAUCUGCUGAGAGAGGAUGACAGUCUCUAUUGCGUCUCCGCUUGGAACGACCAGGGCUACGAGCACACGUCAGAAGACCCGGCGCUGCUGUACCGGGUGGAGAGCAUGCCUGGCCUGGGCUGGGUGCUGAAGAAGAGCCUCUACAAGGAUGAGCUGGAGCCCAAGUGGCCAACACCAGAGAAGCUGUGGGACUGGGACAUGUGGAUGCGUAUGCCGGAGCAGAGGAAGGGGAGAGAGUGUGUGAUUCCAGAUGUGUCGCGCUCUUACCACUUCGGCAUCAUUGGCCUCAACAUGAAUGGAUACUUCCAUGAAGUGUAUUUUAAGAAGCACAAGUUCAACACCGUGCCAAAUGUUCAGCUGAAGAAUGUGGAUGGCCUGAAGAAGGACGCCUAUGAGCUGGAGAUUCAAAACCUGUUAAGGGACGCUGAGAUCCUGGACCACACUAAGAACCCAUGCGAGGACUCCUUCAUCCCUGAUACUGAGGGGAAGACGUACGUCAUGUUCAUCAAGAUGGAACAGGAGACCGACACCAACACUUGGACUGAGUUGGCAAAGUGUCUACACGUGUGGGACCUGGACAUGCGGGGCAAUCACAGAGGCCUGUGGCGCCACUUCAGGAAGAGGAACCAGGUGCUGGUGGUGGCCGCUCCCUUCUCCCCGUACUCGUCCAAGAAGCCCCCCCAGCUCACUCCCAUCCACCUAGAGCCUCCACCCAAAGAGGAGGGGGCCCCCGUGGAGCAGGUGUAGCCGCCCGCCCUGCUGCCUUAUCACUCUCCGUCCGGCCUUACAGCACCACCACCACCACCACCCCCCACGGUCCCCACUCACCGCCGGUAGGCCUCCCCUGAGGAGCCCAGGCAGCUGUUGGGGAGGGGUGGCCAGGGAAUGGGAGGUCGGUCUCCACCAUGCCUGCUUGUGGGGACACUGGACUGAAAGAGCCCCUGACAUAUAAUGGCCCCAAGGAGAAGGCCAGUGUUUGUGUGUGUGUGUGUGUGUGUGUGUGUGUGUGUGUGUGUUGAGGUGCAUGUUGUAUGCCCCAGCAGUUGAAUCAAUGAAUGGAGUGUGUGUGCUGAUAUCUGUCAAACAUAGGCAUCUAAGGGACUGACUGAAAACACUACUGAGAGCUUUUCAUCCUGUAAAUGCAUUUUAACUUAAGUCUAUUUAUUUUGCCAAUACUGGACUAAGCAGUGGUUUAUUUUAUUUAAUCCACUUUUAUACAAAAAAGAGAAGAAAAGCCUAACAUUGCUUAAAGUUGUAUGUACAUACAUAUAUUUUUGGAGAUAAAAAAUUGAGUGCAUUAUUUUACAACAUUAACUGAAAACCGUGUGUAAGGUACCUGAAAUGUAUUGCAAUCCUCAGAUGAAAAUCAUUAAGAUGAUGGUUGCGUCACGCUUCAAAAUACUAAUUAAAAUCAAAUGAAGGGAUUAGGAAGCAAUGCUAAAUGCAAGAGUUACUCAUUUCGAUGUCAUAUCAGUAUUCCUGCUGCAGACUAUUAAGCAAUAGUGCACUGUAUCUCAAAUCUCUAAGCCCUUUUAAAUAAGUUCUUUAGUUCUGUCAAAUGUUUCACUUGAGGGCAGCCAAACAAACUAACACUUGAAAAUCACGUUUUAUUAUUGUUUGUUUGUUUGUUUGUUUGUUUUUCUUGCAUAAAACUCUAUAGUUUGGCCCGGGAAACUAUUUUGCUGUAUGAUUUUGAUUUCUAGAAUGUUCAGGCAGGAUGCUGGUAUGUUCAUCAGACUCCCCGCUGUUCCCGUUGUGUCUUUUUCAUCAUUUCACUCCUAGUUUUAUUACCUGUGGCGCCAGAUGGCGGGAUGUGUUUGAAGUCUUGUGCUCUGGAGUGCUUCGUUUUGCAUUUGCUGUGUUGUGGGUUUUAUAAAGCGCGCAGCAGAGAAUGGUCCUAAAUGAUGAACAAUCUUUCUAGUGUUAACAGUAGUGUUUCUAAGGCGCUGCUGAUCACGGUCACAAGGUACCUCGACCUUCUGCAGUAUGGAUAAUGUUCAGUGUUAGCAGUGUGUGAAAGAUCAUUUGAAUGACUAUUGCUGAGAUUGUUCUAUACCGGUAGUCUCCUGUAGGUGGACACUUAUUAUUAUAGAUUUUCUUUAACACGUUGCAGUAAAAUGUGCUUUUCUUUGCAAUGGCAAGAACAGCAUUUGACAUCAAUAUUGAUGUAUGCCACUUAUACGACUUGUGGUAUCACAUGUGGGUGAAAUCACUAAAAGAAAUAGUGUGGGCCCAACUCCUGCUGGUCUCGAUCGCCCAGCUGUGUCCAAACAUUUCAGCGGCUGACUUGUUUUUAGGAAUGUACAGAAUGGCUGGGGAUGUGAUGCCUGGAGGGACACCCUUGUCUUUUUACAGAUACUAGGCUCUUCUUUGUAAUACCUUUUUUUUUGUUGUUGAUCUCCUUUUGAAAGUCUUCACUGAAUAAAUGAUAUUGUUUAUAA